UGCCUUGAUGCCGUGUGCUCGUGUGCAACUUAACUAGUUUUUUUCAAACUACAGCAAGUUGCAUUCAGGUUUGAUCAAAUAUGCCGGCAAAAUCACACCCCCAGUAGCCUUAGGAAAUAACAAAUGUAGAAACUAGCCUACCAAGAGCUCGUUGGUUGUAUAAAAUCGCGUCUGAACGUUUGUAUUUAUAAUAUUUUGUGGAACGCACGAACACAGCGUGCAUGCAGUCAAGUAGUAAAGUGAGCCGGCGCAGGGGAAGUGCCCCCGCGGACGGCAAGAUGGCGAGCUUGAACGUGGAGAGUUUGAAACGAAAGUUCCAGGCUCUGAACAACACGCAGGACAGUAUUCAAACUUUGUCUCUGUGGAUUAUCCAUCACAAGAAUCACUACAGGAAUAUCAUCGAGAUGUGGAUGGAGCGUGUGAGAGAAGUUAAACCGCCCAUGUGUCUGACGCUGUUCUACUUAGCUAACGACAUCAUACAAAACAGUAAGAGAAAAGGGGCGACCGUAUUCUUAGACUGCUUUGCUGAGGUGUUGGAAGAAGCUGCGACAUUCUGCAGGGAGGAAGCCAUCCGGAAGAAUGUGCUGAGAAUCUUCAAGAUCUGGGGAGAAAGGAGCGUCUACUCGGAGGAGUUUUGUGACAAGUUACAGGGUGCAACAGUUGCCAAGAAGCCAACAAAGCCGCCAAAGCCACGACCCGAUCCCAAGCUUCUGGCAGAGUUCAAUCAUGAGGAAGUACCAGAAGUCAUUGAGCAACUUGCCAGAUUCGAGGGAGAGGUUGAACUGAAGUUUAGACAGCUUGGGAUGUUUAGCGUGGAUGUCGCCAGCACAGAGACCAUUAUGCAACUUAAAGAUCGUGCAGGAGGGAAGCGUUUCUCCCAGCAGUUUGAAGACUCUGCCGUCAAGCUUGAGGGUUACGUCGCCUCCCUCACCAAGGAAGUAGAGCUUCGGCGGAAACUCUUUGACCUCUUACAGAAGAGCGAGAUCUUCUACGAGGCCCAGUAUGGAGAGGCCAAGAUUGUUGCAAACGCUUACACAAACUUUGGAAUGCGAGUGGCAAGCCUUAAGAAGCGUCUCGAGGAACAUAAGCUGUUGCUGCCAGAUUCGUAUAGUCCCAUGCCAUCACCAACAAUGGACGCUCCAUCACCAGGAGCCACUCCACCGAGAGAUCCCAAUUUAGAUACCGUUGAAGUCGAAGACAUGGAGCUGUCUGAUGAAGGUGAAGACAGGCAUCGUGGCACCAUCGUAGCCGCACCAUCACUUUCCAGAAGUUCCAGAGCAUCUCGUUCAGCAGCCAUGAGAAGUAGGAAUGCUGCAUCGUCGUCUGCCUCGUCUGCACCAGUCAUCAGUCACAUCAGUACCAUUACAGGUGCGGGAUCUCGUAACACAUUCAGUCAACCUACAGCGAGUUACUCCCCCUUCUCCAAUCAAUCGCCUCCCGGCGCGAGCUACUCCCCCUCGGCAGACUACGACCCGAUACCAACUCCCCCUCAGAACUCCACCAAGAAUUCUACAACAGAUGACGGACAGGAGGAGUACGGCAGCAUCAAGGAUCGCCUGCUUCAGGUCAUGCACGACGCUCCAAAGCUUCCCGUACAACUAUUUGAUUCGCCAAAGCCCAUAUCCAAGAGCUCGUCUGAGCUACCCCCUGUGACCAUCCCAUCUUAUGCGCCAAAUUCGGACGCCUUUCAGCAACAGGUGAGCCCGAUAAUAACGGUUCCCCCCGCUGUUCCGGCGCCAAUACCUCCUCAAAAUACCGCCUCAGAAGAGUAUAACCCCUUCGAGGAUCCGUACACUUUGCAAGAUGAAAUGCUACCGCAGUCGAGUCAACCAGCGACGAUUAAUUAUUAUACCCCGACUCAAACCAAGGUAAUGGCACCGGUACCUGUGGUCCAGCAACCACCCGUACCUUUGGACGAGGAUGAUUUAUACGAUCCGGAAAUGGUAGACUACCUCCUGGAGAUGCCUCUGGAGCAGAAGAAGAAGCCGCCGCAGUCGUCGUGUAUCAUCCCCCUGGCUGGAGGCUUCCAAUCCUCGACAAUAUCCAGCGACCACUCCAGCGCCUCGGGAAACCAGAAUCAGAUUUCAAAUGCUCCUACAAGCAAGGGUAGCACAGAAGCAUCUUUGGCCAAGAGUAAAUCAAACCUCCAACCUAGCAACAGCAAUAAACCGGGGGGAACCCCUCUCCGGGAUGAGUGCAGCACGCCUCCGACCCAGGAAGACAGCCCCAUGUUAAAGGAAGCAAAAAGCAACCCGAUCGAGUUCUUAACAAAAAUCAUCACGAGCUCUAGGCAGACGACCGGCAGUAAAGCUCCUUCCUCCUCGUUCCUCAGUAGUCUGAGUAUGUUAACGCAAACUGUACAGAGCACUGCUAAGACAGAGCAAGCUCCCCAAACACAUAGCGUAAAUCAACAGCAUUCAGACAUCAAGCAGAACCACAACAACCCCAGUGUACCAUUCGCUGUCGGUUCUCUCAUCAGCAGCUUUCAAGCAGAAGGUGCACCCCCUCCUCCCAUCAGGAAAACCACACCCUCAACGGCAACAGUUUAUCAGAAAUCAAAGAAGGUACCACUGUGCCAGCUGAUAAACACCCCUUCCUCCAACUCAGCUGCUGCACCAGUCGAACCGGAUGAGAGCCCGCCUGCAAUAUCUCCGACACCUAGCGAUGAUUCAGCCAGUUCCCAUUCCCUCAUGGCACGGCUCAUGCAGCAUAAGACGUACACCAAACCAACAUUCCCUGCAGCGCCUACCCCAACAAGUAUCUACAUGAAUCAAGUGGACGCCCCGCAACCCCCAGCUACAAGUCUUGCGUCCAUUAUCUUGGAGCCACCCCCACCGCCCCCCUUGCCACCAGAGAAAGCUGAAGAUGUCGAUGGUGGCAUACCCCCUCCUCCACCGGAGGAACAAUAUCAUGACGUUCCGCCACCUCCACUAGCAGAAGAACCCCCAAGGAGGCCAUCACCUCCAGGAGGCCCUCCGCCCCCAAGUGGUCCACCCACGCCUCCAGUUGACCUGCCUCCUCCUCCAAGUGGGCCCCCUCCACUACCACCCCCACCAAGUGGUCCCCCUCCUCGUGGUCCUCCCCCUUCCCCAAGUGGUCCACACUUUCCGGAAAGUGGUCCAUCCCAGCCCUCGAGGGGCCUACCCCCCUUUCAAAGUGGCCACCCUCAACCUCUGCCUCCUCCCCAUCCCCAAAUGCCAGUUGGCCAUCCUCAUCAAUUCUCGAUCAGGCCACUUAUUUUCUCUGUCAACAACACUCCAGCAACCUCUGCUGGUCCGCCGAUUUUAAACAGCAUCCCAUCCCCUGUGCCUGCUCUGUCUCCUACCAUAAGAAACACAACGCUGAGAAUGCCUGUACGUAUUCCACCGCCUCCCCCAGGUCCACCACCCCCAAAUGCUAAGCGUGCGGGAGCUCUAGGACUGAGGAUGCCUACACCAAGUGAUUUACCUUCACCCGAGGUGGAAAACUGCCCAUCUGUGUCGCCGCUAGAACCAAUGCCAGAUAACCCUGUGUUUGCGUUAACCGCACAGCAGACCUCUAUACCAAUGUCUCCCGUGGAGACUGUUAUGCGUGAAACUGAAGACUUGACCCCUUCUAAUGAGACUGAACAACAUGAACAAUCACUCUCUUAUGAAGACGGGGACCACCAGCACGUCCCGCAACCCACUUCACCCAUAUCCGUGCUUGGGGCAAGUUCUGAGCGUAGCAUCCCCGUUCUCGGCCAAGCACCAACAGCCAAAGACAUGUGGGAAAGACCUUUCUCUCAGCGUUCGCCGCGAUCCCCAGCUGUAUCCGGCCGCUACAACGACUUUUCCUCGCCUCACGUCGAGAAAUUUGAUUAUGCUCACAACAGGCCGAUAGAAACACUGGAUCGUAAUCGUACCCCUUAUCAAGAUAGGUUUCCACCAAAUCGUAGUCCGACCGACGUACCUGCGUUUCGGAGUUCCGAGCCCCGAUACGGAGGCGGUGGUCAUGAGAGGUACCCACCUCCUCCCAGGAUGGAAUCCAACCGGCAUGAAACAUAUCAAACUGAUGGGGAUAGAGGAUUCGGGCAUCGAGGGCGUGGGUACAGUCACAGCAGCUUCGAACGGGACUAUGAGGUGAAGCCUCCUGGACGUCCUCACCUCGACCCCGACUACAGGAGCACCCAGCAGCUGAUAGAGAAGGAACUUCUUAGUGAAUUAGGAGGAACUCCACAACCAAGAGGUGCUCCUAUCUCAACGCUAGGAGGCAGGCUGGACAGAGAGAGACAUUCAGGUGCUUACAGUCCUCCGAGAAGGGAGGAGCCCCAGUUCUGGCGAGGAGGAUCUCACAAACGGCCUGGACCGCCACAGAGAGGGCGACCUCCACCUUACUACAGAUACUGAGUUACUUAUCAUGGUUUGGGGUUUGUUUUGGGAGUUUUUGUAUCACGAUUUUUACUUUGAUCAAAAGAAAACUGCUCAAAGCCACUUAUUAUAAGCUGCUCGGGUUCCUGAAUUGUAGAGGUUUAUUCUUUUGGGUUUAUGCUGUGGUAAACAUUGGGGGCCCAAGGCAGAGAGAGAAAAACUGUUACUCAUUCUCGGAGAUCUCCAAAUUAAUAACUGCCGUUUUCAAAAUGAGAAACGAGGAACCCUUUUGUUAUAACUGGAAUGACUUGUCAAACAGGCAUUAUUUUGCAGGCAACUGAAAAGCAACCAACUGGAGAUGGGGGUGUUCAAUACAAUUGCGAAUCCUAUACUGGUGUCUUUAAAAAUCGUAAAUGAAAAAAAGUAUGUAAUUAUUCCCUAUCAUUAUUAGAAUUAUAAUUAAUUCAGCAUUUUAAACAUUUUUAACACCUAUUUCUCUUAGGGAACUGUCAAGAAACCAAGUGUCAUAUUUCAAAUGCUAUUAAAAGCUUUCCCUUGUAGCUAAAUUUCAUUCACGUUUUCUGUUUUAACAAUUUUCAACUCAUCCUGUUGUUUAACACAGCUUAAACCAAAUGAAAAACCCUUAUCAGUAAAUUUUACAUAAGUUUCUAGGUACUUUUAUUCGUCCUAAUUUUCACAGUCAAUCAAGACACUUUGGGCAUUUUUAUUUGCAGCAGAUAUUCACAUUUUGGUUUUCCAAGUCAUGGGGCGUUUUCUCAAACCUGGGCUCUGGCUCCAUACACUGUCUGAUGUUCGAACCACCAUCGCGCGCAAAAUAAACGCUGCUCCAAAAAAGUAAAGGCCCAAAGGCCAAGCUGCGUUUCCACUAUGCAUGCAGCGUGCGUAGCCCAAGCCGGAGACGAACCCAAGCCAGGGUUUCGAGAAGACCCCGUGUUGAUUUGUUGUUCUAUGUAGCUUGUAAUUUUAGUUUGGGUGGGGUGGUAACAGCUUUACGGACACAUUGGAACUUGAUGGUACAUUGGAUAAGCUUUCCUAACUCCAUCCUGGGUCUCUCGGUUAAAGGCAGUGGACACUGUUGGUAAUUACUCAAAAUAAUUAUUAGCAUAAAACCUGACUUGGUAACGAGUAAU